AUGGACCUCGGAGUUCGGCAUGCUGGCCACGGCCACGGCCACGGCGGAAGCCAUUUUGUCAAUGUCAAGUACGGCUACAUAAUCCUUGGCCUCUCCCUCGUCUAUGCCGCCUACGUGUCUGUGGCUCGCUACCUCUAUUUAAGAAAGUGGAACAAGCAGGCCAGAACGCCCACUGGGUUCCUUCGAGCAGCUGCCUUCGGCCACUUGGCCAUCCACGUUAUCGUUUGGAUCCUAAUUUUCACCGUUCUCUUGUUUAUGAACGUUCAUAAUCUUUCCACGACGUAUUCGAUGGUGCUCAAACGUCUCGGAAGGCUAGCAUACUGUCUAGUUCCAUUAGACGCCGUUUUGGCGCUUCGUCCGGCUUUCCUCGGGCCCCACGCCUCGUACUUGCAGCAUCUUGGCUUGCACAAGUGGCUUCUGCGAUUGAUCCUUGUGGCCGUUGUCGCUCAUGGAAUUGGUUAUUCUGUCAAGUGGUUAAUAGAGCACAGGUUCUGGAACCGCACGUUGGCUUGGAGAAACUUUCUCGGAGUGGUGCCCUUUUGGAUGACGCUAGUGUUGUUGGUAGUGUCAUUGAGACCGGUGCGCCGCAAGAUCUACGGAUUGUUCUACAUUUGGCACAAUGUCACUGUGUUUGCAUUCACCGGGUUUAUGCUUUGGCACGCGAGACCAGGUGUGACGGAUAUUUUGGUGUUGGCUUUCUUGCUUUAUGGCAUUCAGAUCUUCCUACGCAUUCGUUACACAUUCAAGCUCGAGAAGGUCACCAUUUUUGAUACCGAGGAAUCUCUGUUGCGCUUGGUCAGGCUCCAGAAACCGCCCAAUUACCCAGUAGAAUGGGUCCCGGGUUCACAUUUGCGUUUCUCGUGGCGCCUCACAAAUUGGCGCUACUGGGUAUGGCCCUCGCAUCCUUUCUCGAUCUGUUCUUUGCCAAAUGACUCUACGGUCGAUUUGGUAGUCAAAAAAGGGCUUAGGUUCGAGAUAUUCCUGUCGCUAGAGUACUCAAUGACAAGUCCCUACUCACUGGUUCCGCCUCCUUUGUUUGAUACCGCAGACAACGUGCAUGUCAUUUGCGGGGGCUCAGGUAUUUCCUUGGGAGUGCCAGUGUACAGAUACUUUAAAAAGAAUUCUUCAGUGCUUGCGAAUAUGACGUGGUGUGUUCGUAACGCCAGCGACACAUUUGUGCUUUCUGAGCUUGGCAUUUCUCAUCCAGUCGACGUUUUUGUUACGAAAGGGGAGCUGAGCUCAACCAUGUUUGUUAACAACGGCAGUGAGGAAGACUAUGGCCUCUUGAACUCCAAAGGUGAUGACUUGGAGCUCGAGUCGUUGAACUUGGAAGAAACAGACUCUACCAACCCGUUUGCUGAUGAGUCCAAAAAGCUGCAAGAUGUUGUAAACUUCAAAAGGGGCAGGCCCCUCUUUGACGAAAUUUUCAGCCAAUUUAGAGAAACUGAUGAACCUAGGAACAAGUGGAUUGUGGUGUGUGGCCCUUCUUCGCUCAUAAACACAGUGAAGAAGUGGGGCAAGCUUCAUCAGGUGCAAGUCUUUGAAGAAGUGUACGAUAUGUAA